UCAAUAUGAGAAUCACUAUUGGAGAAAAGGACUAGAGCCUAAUGUAACCUAUUUUUAGAGCCAACAAAUAAAACAAUUGUGGAGUGCCGGCUGUUGGCUAUACCAAUAAACAUCACUACAAUCAUUGAAAAAAUUAGAACGAUCCAUAAGUCCACAUUGGCAUUGCUUUAAUAGAAGUAGAGGUAAACAUCAUUCUUCUCGCAUUCACUUGAUCAGAGUUUCUUUCAGCAUUAGCUAAUACUUACACAUAGAGAUGGCCAAUUCAAGUCAUGUUAGGUCCAUUAGUUUUCCUUCUUGUUCCCCGCCAGAGUAUCUCAGAGUUGAGAUUGAGCUAAACAGGAUAAAAACUUGGGAAUCCUCAUCAAUUUCUUCCGCAGCAACUCCUCUUGGUUUAAACACAAUUCAAGAAGGCCUUGUAGGCCUAGCAGAGUUGUAUAAUUGUGUACAAGACCUUCUCAAGUCCCCUAGAACUCAACAAUCUCUCCUCAAACAUCAAAUGGGACGAUUAGCUGAAGAAGCCCUUGAGGCCUCUGUUGGACUAAUAGACUCAUGUGGCACGAUGAGGGAACUAGUCUUGAUGAUGAAAGAACAAGUGCAAGAUCUUCAAUCAGCAUUGAGGAGAAAAGUAGGAGAUUCAAGCAUACAAAAUUUCUUCAAUGCCUAUAUUAGUUUUAGAAAGAAAGUAAAGAAGGAUAUAGCCAAGAGCCUCAAAGCACUAAAACAGGGAGAAAACAAGAUAGAAUCAUCUACUCAAUUUUCUUCAGAUCAAUCUUUAUCUAAGCUACUUACAGUGUUAAGACAAGUAUCAGCCUUGACCAUCUCAGUCCAAAGAUCUCAACUUUAUUUCUUGUCUACGCCAGCUUCAAAGGCGAAGAAAAACGGGUGGUCAUUGAUCUUAAAAAUGCUUGUCACAAAAUCAAUGGCUUCUAAGGGAGAUGAAAAGACAAUCAAUGAAGUGGAAUGUGUUGAUUUUGCUCUUUGUUCUUACCUUCACAGCAGUGAUUUUAAAGUUGAUGUACCAAUGAUUCAGAGAAAAUUGAAGACAUUAAAUGCUGGUCUUGAGGCUAUUGAGGCUGGCACAGAGUGCUUGUCUAGGCUAUUAAUCAGAAACAGAGUCUGCCUUCUUAACAUCCUAACUCCUUAGAAAAUAUUGUACAUUAGUUCUAAUAUUUAAGGCAUACAUUUUUGUAAGGAUAUGCCUUUUCCUGAAAACCAAUUCUGUAAAAUUUGGAAGUGAAC